AUGUAUGCUAUUGCUAAUAAAAGAGAAAGGACAUUGUUGAAUUUGCUAAAAGAUAAAAGAGUUCAAGUAAACAUCGCAAAUUCAAGUGGAGAAACAGCUUUGACAAUGAGUCUUUGUUUGCCAAAUGCUGCUUGCUUGGAUUUGUUGAUGAUGAGAGAGGAUUUGAUGGUUAAUACCAAGCAUAUCAACGGAAUGACCCCUUUACACAUCGCAAUAAAUAAUAAUAAAUUAGAUUGCGUAAUUUUACUGUUGCGAAGAAAGGAUUUGGAUGUUAAUAUUGUUAGUGAUAACGGAAUGACUCCUCUUGUAUUAGCUUUGCUAAUGAAAAGGAAGGAAAUGAUUAUCGAGCUUUGUCUCGAUGGGAGAUCUGACUAUGAUACUGAGCAUGAAAUAACAUUGAAUGAUGGUACGAAACUUACCACGUGUCCAAGAAAGAUUGCGAGUAUUAUUAAGAUAAACGGAUUCUCCAGAUUGAAUGAAUAUAUUCCUCCUUUAGCAUAA